CGCCCGCGAGAGGGGCGGUUGUCUGGGGGAGGGGGCUCGGGGUGAUUCAGCGCCCGGCGAGGCGGAAGCGGCCCGAGGAGGAGGAGGAGGGGAGAGGCAGUCCGCUCCUGGGCGCUCGGGGUGGCACGAGCCCGCGGUCCGAGUGCGAGGCGGAGGCGAGGAGGCCGCGGGGACAGGAGGCCAGGCCGGCCGGGCCCCCGCAGCCAUGGAGAACGCGCACACAAAGACGGUGGAGGAGGUGCUGGGUCAUUUCGGCGUCAACGAGAGCACGGGGCUGAGUCUGGAGCAGGUCAAGAAGCUCAAGGAGAGAUGGGGCUCCAACGAGUUGCCGGCCGAAGAAGGAAAAACCUUGCUGGAACUUGUGAUUGAGCAGUUUGAAGACUUACUAGUUAGAAUAUUGUUACUGGCAGCAUGUAUAUCUUUUGUUUUGGCUUGGUUUGAAGAAGGAGAAGAAACAAUUACAGCCUUUGUAGAACCUUUCGUGAUUCUACUUAUAUUAGUAGCCAAUGCAAUUGUGGGUGUUUGGCAGGAAAGAAAUGCUGAGAACGCAAUUGAAGCCCUUAAGGAAUAUGAGCCUGAAAUGGGCAAAGUGUAUCGACAGGACAGAAAGAGUGUGCAGAGGAUUAAAGCUAAAGACAUAGUUCCUGGUGAUAUCGUAGAAAUUGCUGUUGGUGACAAAGUUCCUGCUGAUAUAAGAUUGACUUCCAUCAAAUCGACAACUUUGAGAGUUGACCAGUCGAUUCUCACUGGUGAGUCUGUUUCAGUUAUUAAGCACACCGACCCUGUUCCUGACCCACGGGCUGUCAACCAAGAUAAAAAGAAUAUGCUGUUUUCUGGUACAAACAUUGCUGCUGGGAAAGCCAUGGGAGUGGUGGUGGCAACUGGAGUCAACACUGAAAUUGGCAAAAUCAGGGAUGAAAUGGUUGCAACAGAACAGGAGAGAACACCCCUUCAGCAGAAACUGGAUGAGUUUGGGGAACAGCUUUCCAAAGUCAUUUCCCUUAUUUGCAUUGCAGUCUGGAUCAUAAAUAUUGGGCACUUUAAUGACCCAGUUCACGGUGGCUCCUGGAUCAGAGGUGCUAUCUACUACUUUAAGAUUGCAGUGGCCCUGGCUGUUGCAGCCAUCCCUGAAGGUCUGCCUGCUGUCAUCACCACCUGCCUGGCUCUUGGAACUCGAAGAAUGGCAAAGAAGAAUGCCAUUGUCCGAAGCCUCCCUUCUGUGGAAACUCUUGGUUGUACUUCUGUUAUCUGCUCAGACAAGACUGGCACACUUACAACAAACCAGAUGUCAGUCUGCAGGAUGUUCAUUCUGGACAGAGUUGAAGGUGAUAGUUGUUCACUCAAUGAGUUUACCAUAACCGGAUCAACAUAUGCACCCAUUGGAGAAGUGCAUAAAGAUGAUAAACCAGUGAAAUGUCAUCAAUAUGAUGGUCUGGUAGAAUUAGCAACAAUUUGUGCUCUUUGUAAUGACUCUGCUUUGGAUUAUAAUGAGGCAAAAGGUGUGUACGAAAAAGUUGGAGAAGCUACAGAGACUGCUCUCACUUGCCUGGUAGAGAAGAUGAAUGUAUUUGAUACUGAAUUGAAGGGUCUUUCUAAAAUAGAACGGGCAAAUGCCUGCAACUCGGUCAUUAAACAGCUGAUGAAAAAGGAAUUCACUCUCGAGUUUUCACGCGAUAGGAAAUCAAUGUCAGUUUAUUGUACACCAAACAAACCAAGCCGGACAUCCAUGAGCAAGAUGUUUGUGAAGGGUGCUCCUGAAGGUGUCAUUGACAGGUGCACCCACAUUCGAGUUGGGAGUACGAAGGUUCCUAUGACUCCUGGAGUCAAACAGAAGAUCAUGUCUGUCAUUCGGGAGUGGGGAAGUGGCAGCGACACUCUACGGUGCCUGGCCCUGGCCACUCAUGACAACCCUCUGCGAAGAGAAGAGAUGCACUUGGAGGACUCUGCCAACUUCAUUAAGUAUGAGACCAAUCUGACCUUUGUGGGCUGCGUGGGCAUGCUAGAUCCUCCCAGAAUUGAAGUGGCCUCCUCUGUGAAGCUGUGCCGGCAAGCAGGAAUCCGUGUUAUCAUGAUCACAGGGGACAACAAGGGCACUGCUGUGGCCAUCUGUCGCCGCAUCGGCAUCUUUGGCCAGGAUGAGGAUGUGACAGCAAAGGCUUUUACAGGCCGCGAGUUUGAUGAACUCAGCCCCCCAGCCCAAAGAGACGCCUGCUUGAACGCCCGCUGCUUUGCUAGAGUGGAGCCUUCCCACAAGUCCAAAAUCGUGGAGUUUCUUCAGUCCUUCGAUGAAAUUACAGCCAUGACUGGCGAUGGUGUGAAUGAUGCUCCUGCUCUAAAGAAAGCUGAGAUUGGCAUUGCCAUGGGCUCUGGCACUGCAGUGGCUAAAACUGCCUCUGAAAUGGUCCUGGCGGAUGACAACUUCUCUACCAUCGUCGCUGCUGUGGAAGAGGGACGGGCCAUCUACAACAACAUGAAGCAGUUCAUUCGCUACCUCAUCUCCUCGAAUGUAGGGGAAGUCGUCUGUAUUUUCCUGACAGCAGCCCUUGGGUUUCCUGAGGCUUUAAUUCCUGUCCAACUGCUCUGGGUCAACCUGGUGACCGAUGGCUUGCCUGCUACUGCACUAGGGUUCAACCCUCCUGACCUGGACAUCAUGAAUAAACCACCCCGGAACCCAAAGGAGCCACUUAUCAGUGGGUGGCUGUUUUUCCGUUACCUGGCUAUUGGCUGUUACGUCGGCGCUGCUACCGUGGGUGCUGCUGCCUGGUGGUUCAUCGCUGCUGAUGGUGGUCCAAGAGUGUCCUUCUACCAGCUGAGUCAUUUCCUCCAGUGUAAGGAGGACAACCCAGACUUUGAAGGAGUGGAUUGUGCAAUCUUUGAGUCCCCGUACCCAAUGACAAUGGCGCUGUCUGUUCUAGUAACCAUAGAGAUGUGUAAUGCUCUCAACAGUUUAUCUGAAAACCAGUCCUUGCUGAGGAUGCCCCCUUGGGAGAACAUCUGGCUUGUGGGCUCCAUCUGCCUGUCUAUGUCACUCCACUUCCUGAUCCUCUAUGUGGAACCCUUGCCACUUAUCUUCCAGAUCACACCGCUGAAUCUCACCCAGUGGCUGAUGGUGCUGAAAAUCUCCUUGCCUGUGAUUCUCAUGGAUGAGACACUCAAGUUUGUGGCCCGAAACUACCUGGAACCUGCAAUACUGGAGUAACCGCUUCCUAAACCAUUUUGCAGAAAUGUAAGGGUGUUCGGUUGCGUGCAUGUGCGUCUUUAGCAACACAUCUACCAGCCCUCUGCAUGAUUGAUGUUGGGGAAAAAGAAAAGUAGAAAAAGUUCCCAACUCGUGUGUGAUGUGGAGGAAAUGUGUAUUACCAGUGGGGUUUUUAGCUUUUAAAUCAAAAUAAUGUAAAUGUACAAUUUUGCCUAAUCAGAAAGCCUCUUCAGAGAAGUUUGGUUUCUUUGCUGCAAGAACAGUGAGGUUCUGAAAACCUUAUCUAACAACUUAGAAGCAAUCAGCCAAGUCUCCACAUUUCUCUGUGCAAAAUGUCACAGCUUAUAUAAAUGUACAAUAUUAAAUUAUGAUGCAUGCCUUCAGUUGUAAGUAGCCAGAUUUCUCUACAGUGACCUUGAAAAUGCUACUUUUUAAUUGGCCCUGUACAGUUUGCUUAUUUAUAAAUUCAUUAAAAAACACUAUAUAGAAUGGUUAAAAUGUAGGCCUUCAGUUCAUAACUUCAGUUAUUUUUGAGUGUGCAGAAAGCUGUUUCACACUGUAUUAAAUGUAACUUAUUUAAUGAAAUCAGAAGCAGUAGGCAGAUGUUGGUGCAAUACAAAAAUUGUGAUGCAUUUACCUUAAUAAAAUGCUAAGCGUCAGUUUAUCCCAACGCAUGUUUGACUAGACUGUAAAUAGAGAUCAGUUUGCUUCACUCUGUGCUGUAACAAGCGUUGCACAGACAUGGUUUCAGGUAAAUAAAUCUAUUCUACAUUAAA